CUCGGGAUCACGUUUCCGCCGGGGCCGGUCCGCCAACGCCGCUCCGGGAGCGGGAGGCCGGGCAGGGCCGCAGUCAUGGCCGAUACCGCCGCGCCGCCGGCCGCUGCCCCGGCUCCGGGGCUCCCGGCUGCCCCCGGCAGCAACCCGCUGUCCCGCAAGCUCAACAAGAUCCUGGAGACUCGCCUGGACAACGACAAGGAAAUGCUGGAAGCACUCAAGGCUCUCUCGACCUUUUUUGUCGAAAACAGUUUGCGCACCCGAAGAAAUUUGCGUGGAGACAUAGAACGGCGAAGCUUAGCCAUAAAUGAAGAAUUUGUCCACAUAUUCAAGCAAGUUAAAGAGGAGCUUGAGAGUAUAAAUGAAGAUGUGCAAGCGAUGAGCAGCUGCUGUGAAGAUAUGUCCAGUCGUUUGAAGGCAGCAAAGGAACAAACUCAGGACUUGAUAGUAAAAACCACAAAACUCCAGGCAGAAAAUCAGAGACUAGAAAUGAAAGCACAAGUUGCAGACGCAUUCAUAGCAAAAUUCCAGCUGACACCGGAUGAAAUGAACCUCCUUCGAGGCACAAAAGAUGAGCCAAUUACCGAGGACUUUUUCAAGGCUUUGGGAAGAGUAAAGCAAAUUCACGAUGAUGUCAAGAUCCUCCUCCGGACAAAUCAGCAAAGGGCAGGCUUGGAAAUUAUGGAACAGAUGGCUUUACUGCAGGAGACAUCUUACGAACGACUUUACAGAUGGACUCAAAAUGAAUGCAGGACUUUGACGCAAGAAUCGUGUGACAUUUCUCCAGUUCUUGCUCAAGCCAUGGAAGCAUUACAAGAUAGACCUGUCCUGUAUAAGUACACUUUGGAUGAGUUUGGAACAGCUAGGAGGAGUGCUGUAGUCCGAGGCUUUAUAGAUGCUCUAACGAGAGGAGGUCUGGGAGGUACCCCCCGCCCUAUCGAAAUGCACUCCCACGAUCCUCUGAGGUACGUAGGAGACAUGCUGGCCUGGCUGCAUCAAGCUACAGCUUCUGAAAAAGAACACCUAGAAGCCAUGUUAAAGCUUGUAACUAUUCAAGGUGUGGAAGAAAAUAUUCAAGAAGUAGUUGGGCAUAUCACAGAAGGUGUCUGCAGGCCUCUGAAGGUUAGAAUUGAGCAGGUAAUUGUUGCUGAGCCAGGAGCAGUUUUGCUGUACAAGAUUUCUAAUCUUCUCAAGUUCUACCACCAUACGAUCAGUGGUAUUGUAGGAAACAGUGCAGCGACACUGUUGACAACGAUUGAAGAAAUGCAUUUGUUGAGCAAGAAGAUAUUCUUUAAUAGCCUGAGUCUUCAUGCAAGUAAACUAAUGGAUAAGGUUGAACUCCCACCUCCCGAUCUUGGCCCAAGCUCUGCACUAAAUCAGACACUUAACUUGCUGCGGGAGGUUCUGGCGUCUCACGACUCAUCUGUUGUUCCACUGGAUGCCCGUCAAGCUGACUUUGUGCAGGUUCUGUCUUGUGUGCUAGAUCCUUUGUUACAGAUGUGUACUAUGUCUGCUAGUAAUUUGGGCACAGCUGAUAUGGCCACCUUCAUGGUAAAUUCACUUUAUAUGAUGAAGACUACUUUGGCUCUCUUUGAAUUCACUGACAAACGUCUAGAAAUGCUGCAGUUUCAGAUUGAAGCUCAUUUAGAUACACUUAUAAAUGAGCAAGCUUCCUACGUGUUAACAAGAGCUGGUCUAAGUUACAUCUAUAACUCUGUGCAGCAACACAAACCGGAACAGGGUCCUCUUUCAAAUUUGCCCAGUAUGGACUCCGUGUCUCUGAAGGUUGCAAUGGCUCAGUUUGAUCGCUAUCUGUCUGCUCCAGAUAGUUUGUUAAUGUCCCAGCUGAAUUUCCUUUUGAGUACCACUGUGAAAGAGCAGAUAAUAAAACAGUCGACAGAACUGGUCUGCAGAGCUUACAGUGAGUUGUAUGCAGCUGUGAUGGAUCCUUCAAAUGGAUAUAAGGAUCCAGAAACCAUACUGCACAGAUCUCCUCAUCAAGUUCAGGCACUCCUUUCAUAGUCUUGCUUCCCCGAGAUUUAUCAGAAUCCAUUAUUCUAUAUUUGUUCAGUAUUUACAUCAAGUUAUUUUUCUGUUUUGAAUUUUGAUGUGUAGCUGUAUAGGUAAAAUAUGUAGGAAUGCAGUUUUGUUUAAUCUGCUUGGUGGAAGUCUAGUCUUUCCUGUGUCUUUGAAUACUGUCUAUAGGCCAGAAAAUAGAAUAUAGAUUAAAAAUUAUUUUAAUAUAUUCCUUUAAUGGAAAUUGACCUUUACAAUAUGCAAUCUCUUUGAAAAAGAGUAAAGGAGAAAGAAGCUUUUUCCUUGCUGUACGUAAUCCUUUCAACUAGAGGUUGAGCCAGUGUCUCUUAAAACCUCACCAAUAUUUUUAUUUGUUCUUUUCCCUGUCCUUUCACUCUUUUUCUCAGCCUGUCAUCAGUAGUAAAUGCUGAUAACCAUAAUUUUAGUACAACUGAUAUACUUUGAUUUUCUCAAAUCCAUCACUUUUACAGCUCAUAAAUAAUUUCAGAAUAUUUGAUGCUGGUUUUGAAAUCCUGUUGAUUAAACCUUUGAAGCAAAAUAUGUUUACAUUUUUUUUUUUUGAAUCCAUUAUUGUUGUUGCUAGUUCUGUUAUUUUCUGUAAGAAAAAGAAAUAUUUGAAUUACAUGCAUGUACAUAAUCUGGAACUUAAUGCUUUAAGUUAUUUGUACGAUUUGGUUUUACUGGGAGGACUUUGUUGUAGUGCAAUGAUUCUGUAGGAAUCCUGACAUCAGUUGAAACUUGCAGAUCCCUUAAGGCUGGGACCAAUAACAGUGGAGGUUAUGAAGAUGGUUUUAAUUAGUUAGGAUCACCUGUGGCAGCCACAGGUUGUUCUGGGAAUUGUGCGGAAGCGCCGGGUGUGUGGUUGUUCCAGGCUGAUGCACAGGAAGCCAUGAGGGAAGGUUUUGUUUCUUUCCUCCUGCCGUGCAAAGCUGAACCCGCUCUGUGUAGAAACCAUAAGUAUAUGCUUAUGAUUCAGGGGACCUUUGCUUCCAAUAAAAAGAGGAAAAUAGAUAAGUAGGACAGUUGUUCUCUGUUGGGCCUUACAAUUUUCCGCAAAUUCCUUAACGUAUUGUUUUUUCAGGAAAGCCUUGUUAUAGAGAAACCUUCAGGAAAUAGACUUAGUAAAAGGAAUUUGGGGUGCUUUAGGGUUAGGAUUUUUAAUUGUGUGUGUUCUUUUUCUUUUUUAAGGAUAAUUUAAGAUAACUGUUUCACUGGAAGUAUGUCACUCUUUUUUCCCCUCUUCGUUAUUUUAUGGGUGCCACAGUUAUUACAGUUGCCUGAAUUUACACUCGUAUUAGAUGUGGCUUAUUUAUAUACAUCAAGGGGGAGAUGAGCAGUCAUUCAUAUUGAAUAACUUACAUAUUUUAUUUUUAUCAGUAAUAAUAUUCCCCAUGUAAAAAAUAGAUACUUAGUGGCAGCCAAGUCUUUAGUUUAGUGUAUGCUUGCAAAAGAGCCAGAAAUAGAGAAGAGCAGCAGCAAUACAUUUUAGUCUUUUGGAAAACUCAUUGCACAAGAUGCAUCCAGUGCGCUCAGAAAUCAGUUUCCUUGGUAGUACCACAAUAAAGCAAUAUCUCCUUUUCCAAAUGAGCAUAAUUUGUUUGUAUAAUAGAAAGAGAUUUGAAAGCGUAAGUGUCCCUGGAGUUACUGGAUCAGUCAGAAAUUCUUCUGUAAAUGUGAAUGUUAGAUUUAUUCUCUUUACAAACUCCAGGCCUGUUAGACAGAAGAUUCUAGAAGCUUCAAAAAGCUCUAAUGGAAAAUUAUUCUCUUUUACUAGGUAAGGCACUUGAAAUUACUCAGAUUUUGCAUUACCGUAGUAUAUACUCAGAAAGCUGUUCAUUGUUGCUUAAUAAUGUUAAUAUUGCUUAAUAUGCCUAUAAUUAUUAUCUAAUAUGUGAAAAUUACAUUAGUUGUGAAAGGAUUAUAAAUUAGCUUGUUAUUAGAUUAACAUACUCAAAAGAGUGAACUUUUUCCUGAAUUUGCAUUCAACCUCAGUCUCCAAUAACCAGUCAGUAGUUUGCAUGAGGAUUAGUAAGAACUUGCUUCCUAUCUUUGAGUCCAUGUAGAGACUUAUCCAUGAUUUCGUCUUAAUAAAAAUGCAAAACCUAUAAAAGUUGUAACUUAAAAAAGUUAAAGCCAAUCACUAAUUCUGGUCUGUGCAAUUGAAGUAAAUGACAAAGGGUCACAAAUGAGAAAGAAAGUAAAUAAAAGCAUUUGACUUACUGAA